GCACGAGCGCGACAAGCUAAAACUGCGCAACAUUUGCCGCAGAAGUUCAGAUUGAUUGAUUUAUUACUCGUAAAGAGACGCUGGGCUGUCAAUCAUGUGAACGGGCGUGACUCAGAAGGAUUUAAAGGUCUUUUUCAGCUUCAUUUAUGUUUUUUUUUAUAAGAUGACCAUUUAAAAGCUGACCAUAGACGUGGACUGAAGCACUCAACGCGUGUAGCGAGCCCGGCAUGAGGAUGUCUACGUCCCACGUUUGAGAUGCUGCAGCAAAGUCAGGAACCACAACAACAAUGGGCAGCAGUCAGGGACGCCCCCCCCCACCUGCCCGUGACAUGCUGAAAGCCACAUAAGAGCCGCUCGCCGCGAUGGCCUCCAUGGUUGCCAACGGAAACCAAGAUGGGCAGUCCCUGCUGCUGCAAGGCGUGGACCCAGAGACCUGCAUGAUUGUCUUCAAGAACCACUGGGCUCAGGUGGUGAAGAUCCUAGAAAAACACGACCCCUUGCGCAGCAGCACCCCCGCCUUGCCCACGCUGGCCGUCCUCAACCUCAGCGGUGGCCCCCGCUUGGGUCCCGUGCCGGGCGACGAGGCGAGCGCGGUGCAGAACUACGUGGAGCACAUGCUCUUCCUGCUCAUGGAGGAAGAGCGUGGUAAGGCCGGCGCCAUGGGCCCCAUCCUGGAGUUUGUGGUGAUGGAGAACGUGAUGGAGCGGCUGUUUGUGUGGAGCCUCCGCAGGGAGUUCACAGACGACAUGAAGCUGGAGCAGCUGAAGAUGUACGAGAUGUUGGUGGGCCAGUCGCGCCAGCCGCUGCUGCAUCACAAGCCCGUCCUCAAGCCGCUCAUGAUGCUGCUGUCGGCGUGCUCGGGCGCGGCGGUGCCGCGGGUGGAGGCCCAGCUGGUGCUGCUGCUCCACCAGUUGUGCUGCGUGCUGGCCAAGGACCCGUCCAUCCUGGAGCUCUUUUUCCACACCAGCAAGGAUCAGGGAGCCGCCAACUUCCUCAUCUUCUCCCUGCUCAUCCCCUUCAUCCACAGGGAGGGCACGGUGGGCCAGCAGGCCCGAGACGCCCUGCUGCUCAUCAUGUCCUUGUCGGCGGAGAACCUGCGUGUGGCCAAACACGUGGCAGAGAACACCUUCUUCUGCCCGGUUCUGGCCACAGGCCUGAGCGGACUGUACUCGUCCCUGCCCACCAAGCUGGAGGCUGCCAGUGAAGAGUGGCAUUACCUGCACAAGGAUGACUGGCUCAGGAUGCCCUCCUUGGUCCAGUUUCUCAACUCACUGGAAUUCUGCAAUGCUGUCAUCCAGGUUGCCCACCCAGACAUCAGAAACCAGCUACUGGGUUACAUCUACAAUGGCUUCCUCGUGCCUGUGCUUGCUCCUGCUCUGCACAAGUUGACCCUGGAGGAGGUAAUGACCACCACGGCGUACCUGGACCUCUUCCUGAGGAGCAUCACCGAGCCGGCUCUGCUGCAGACGUUCCUGUCCUUCAUCCUUCUGCACCGUCACGAGAACGUCCACAUCCUGGACACGCUGGUCAGCCGCAUCAACACCCCCUUCCAGCUGGGCAUCGUGUCGCUGGCACUCUUCCGCACUCUCAUCGCUUUGCAGUGUGAAGAUGUGAUGCUGCAGCUCAUCCUCAGGUACCUGAUCCCCUGCAAUCACAUGAUGCUGAGUCAGAGGCGUGUGGUGAGGGAGAGGGACUUCUACUCGGUGUCGGCGGCUAAGAUCCUGGCGCUCACGCCCUCCUGCUGCACUCCUGACCACAGCCCCCCCCCUCUGAGACAGCUGGAGUCCAUCCUCUUCUCCAAAGCGGAAAAAGACGGCGUCUCCAAAGAGAGCGACGACUCUGGCAACUCCUCCUGCACCAUUGGCUCAGAGAUCUACUUGGACGUCAGCUACCUUCAUUACCUGGACGACGCCCACCUGCGCAUCAGCAGCUGCAUGCGGGCAUGCCACGUGUGGUCGGCCCCGUACGACGGCAAGGACCCCCCUCCGGAGAAGUACCAGCCGGGCGUCCUGGAGGAGCCCAGGAGUCCGCAGAAGGUUGCACAGCCACGGGCGGCACCGCACCCUCGAUUGAGCUCCGAGGCACAAAAGUCCAACCACCUAGAGCUGGAAUGGGACGACAGCUACGACGCGUGUCCGGUGCGGACCGCUGAGGUUCCUGCUGAGGCAAAACCUCCGCCGUCGCCUUGCAGCACGCCUCCGAAGCACAUCGAGGAGAUGAGGAGGUCGGCCAUCUUGUUUGUAAAAGGCUCGUACAUGGAGGAGUCGGAGUUCCAGGACGACGUGAAGGUGUACGACCUUGUGGCAAAAAAAGACAGCAGAGCCACUGAGCACAGUUCAGCCAAAGCCAACGUGAUGGAAUCCAGACAACUUCCACCAGGCGUGGCCGAAGUUCCCGUGAAGAAAGGACUCAGACAUCAGGCCAGCAAGAAUACGUCUUCACAAGCUGAUCAGACCUGCAACCUGCAGAAGAGUUCUGCUGCCGAGGACCUCCUGGCUCAGUACGAGGAGCUCCUCCGGACGUUUGACGCAGAAGCAGGUGCAAAAGCAACCAAAUCUGACGCAGAGCAGAAGAAGUCCAUCACACCUGGGGACGAGAACGUGGAGGACAUGGACUUUGCCUCCUUCUCGCCGGAGACUCCAGAGCCGGAGAAGCUGCAGUCCCCGUUUAAUUCAUCGCUUCGGAAUACGAGCAGAAGUCAGUCGGCGCCUUUUACAGGACCCUUCGUCAGCGUGCUGCUGUCCCGCCUGGAGAACAUGCUGUCCAACUCGCUUCAAGUCAACUUGCUGUUGACGGGCAUCCUGGCCCAGUUGGCCGCCUACCCUCAGCCUCUGCUGCGCUCCUUCCUGCUCAACACCAACUUGGUGUUCCAGCCCACCGUUCGCUCGCUUUACCAGGUGCUGGCCACGGUGAAGAACCAGAUUGAACAGCUGGCGGCAAGCAGGAAGGACUUUCCAGAGAUGAUCGUCGCUGCCCAACACUGGCUGCUGGCCAGGGAGACGCUGUAUGGAGAAGCAGAUAAGCGCAGCGUGAGAGGUGCUCGGUUCUUGCAGAGUUCUCCUCCAGCAAAGCCCAAGUCCAUCUCUCCAGAGCGGACCGAAGUCUUCGCUACUGUCCUCUUCACCGAGUUCCUGAAAGAACUGGCAGCCCUUGCUCAAGAGCACUCCAUCUUGUCCUGCGUUCCUGCGGAAGAGUAAUUCAGACUCGGACCUUUUUUGGAAAACUUAAAACGUCCACUGCGGCGACGGCGCAGGUUGGACUUUACAAUAAAAAGCAAAGGCAAUCACCUUCAUGUGCUUUUUCAAGCAAAUACGUCUUUUAUACUCAUUUAUCUGCUUCUCAACGUCUCAGGGGACUCUUGGUGCCUACCGUUAGCAACAUUAGCAUUAGCCAGUGGCCUCGUAAGGGAAUACUUGCAAGUAUGUAUAACAUCCCCAUCAUCACUGACUUUACCCCCACUUCCUCACGUUUUGCUGUUGAACAAAGUAGUUCCAGCGAGUUGCUGCCAUCACGAAAGUAAAGCGUUUUGCUUCUUUAAAAAAAAAAUCUGUAUUUAGGAGCGUCUCUUUGAGCAAUUAAUAGCUGAGCAGUGUGCCGAGGACAUGUUCUCAAUGCAUAGUCUGCGGAUUGCGCUCCCCAUCAUGGCGGCCAAACCCUCGCAGGACAUACAUAAUGCGGAAGUGGAUGGCGAUCGGCACUCCUGUUUUAACUAUAGACAGACAGACGCCUCAUCCAGCUCUGCCUUGACACAUCCAAUAUGGCGGCGACGUUGACGUAUCGCAGCAGUGGCAUAGACUUAAAGAUAGACGCCGCAUCCAGUGGGUUUGUCCACAGUUGCGAUACGUCAACGUCGUCGCCAUAUUGGAAGUGUCAAGGCUAUACUUAAUGUAAGUUUGUUUUUGAUACCUCACUGUUUCCCAAGUAUAUUAGUGCGCGUGUGAGUGUAUAAACGAGAGGAAUUAACUUAAAUUUCUUUGUAGAAAGGCGCUUUAUGAAAGUAACUACAUGGACUUGUAAUCAUUUACAGCGCAGCCCUUACACAUCCAAUAUGGCGGCGACGUUGACGUACGGCUCAGAGCUCGAUGCCUAUGACGAACUAAGCGCCUUGGUUUACAUGCCCACUCAUGCUGCUACAGAGAGCUUAAAAUAUCAACAGGCUUAUGUGCUGAAUCACGCGUUACAAUUGAAGUCAAAGUCAACGUAGUGAGAAAACUUGUAGUUCAUGCAAGACGCGUUUAUUGACUUCUCCUCCACACGGAAAGUUGUAUGCCGCAGUGAAAUGUGUCCGAGCGGAAACGGCGGUUACGCUGAAAUAAUGAUCUGCACCACAGAGCUGCGGCUGUCAAAAUUGCCCCCAGGGCAUCACUAAAGACGUUUGGCACCAAAAGUCAGACUCACAAUGGCUUCUCUCCUUUGGCACCACUGCACGCUGCCGCUUGUCCGUUGUUGUAUUUCACAGUGCUCUCAAGUCAUGUGCGAUACCAAUGAUUUCCUCUCCGAUCCAAUACUGAGUAAAAUUAGGCUGGUAUCGGCAAUACCGAUACUUUGCAAAUUCACUCGUGUCUGGUACAUUUGAAAAACGAGGGUAUUUCCAAUCGGAGCAUAACGAAUCUAUGCUAAUACACAAGAGAGAGGGAAAAAAGGGGGCGGGGGGUGUUGGUGGGGGUGUCAUACCCCCAUAUCUCUUGAAACUCAUAAAGUGUUGUGUUUGCUUUUUCACAUUUCCAAGCUUUUUGUUUCCAUCCAUCCAUCUUGUAUGCCGCCUGUCCUCAUGGGGGUCACUGGGGUAUACUGGAGCCUAUCCCAGCUGAGUCAAGUCAUCUUUCUUACAUGACUUUUCAUGACGUCACUAUGCAAAUGUAGAAUCAUUAGCAUAUUUUUAGUAAGGAGGUGUUGAAGCUUUGCCUCUUUUGGGGUGUUUAUAUGUUAUAUUAUUAGUAUAUUCUAAAUAAAUGUUAUAUUCAUAUUUGAGCCAUCUCCCACUGUAUCUGUUACACGGUUGUUCAGUUGAAAGGUCUAUUUUCCAGGUGAGAAAUGCCAUGAAGUAUUUUGAUAUGAAUUGGAAGAAUGACUUGCCUUGCUAGGAUUUGAUUGGAUAACGGCUACAUUUGUACUAUUCUUACGUUCCAACCAUUGGGAGUUGGCCAACUGAUGGAUGUAGUCAUCUGAAAUCCUAAGUCAAUAAAAAACAAUCAGCGUCUUUUUGUUGCAAGCAAUAAAUGAUUGAAUUGA